AUGUCGGCUGGGCGGAAUCAGUACUAUGAGUUCUACCGCCAGAGCAGCAUCGGGAUCCAGCUCACAGAUGCGCUUGACGAGCUGAUCCAAUCUGGACACAUCAACCCUAUCUUGGCGAUGAAGGUGCUGGAGCAGUUUGACAAGUCGAUUUCCGAGACGCUCGCCCACAACGUCAAGUCGAAAGGCAAUGUCAAGGGUCACCUGCAUAACUAUAGACUGUGUGACGAGGUGUGGACGUUCAUUAUCAAAGAUGCCAUGUUCAAGCUCGACAACGGCGAGAUGCUCUCUGUCGACAAAGCCAAGAUCGUGGCAUGCAAGCUCGGCGAAGGCAGCAACCGUUGA